AAUAUAGAAGGUUUUAAAGAAAUAUGGAGUUAUGAAAGAAACAUUUGUACUGUUCCUGAAGAAAGUUUGUCUUUUUCAGAAGAACUUGCAUAACCUCAUCCAUUGAUAUACCGGUUAAAAUUAUACGCCUUGAAAAAUGUGUCAACCAUUACAAUUUUUAGAGAUUUUUCAAGCGUCGCAAGUUAGAGGUUGUGCUCCAAAUACAAAUUAUCCGCCACUCGGAUGGAUAUGAAAUGUAAAGUUUCCGUCAUGGUUAUUUUUAUGCGUCAUUAGUUGCUUUUGCAUUAUUUCUCCAUUGAAACUUGCCUGUUCUCACAGAUCUCUCUCUCUCUCUCACUCCCUCUCUCGCACGUGCGCGCGCGCGCGCACACACAAAAACAGCAGAGUAAAGCCACGUAAAAUUUUUUUUUUUAUUUGUCAAAAAGUUGCUAACGCCGUCCUACCCGUGUUCUGCCGCUAUCCAAAAGAGAGAACAGAUCAUACUAAAAUUACCUCAGGAAUUAUAAAACAGCUCCUAUUUUAAACGUGCAAUUAUAUCUAAUAUAGUUGCCAAAAGGCUAUAUCCAGGUUUUGAUGAUGAAGUGCUGAUAUACAGAUGUCUUCUCUGCAGAUCCAUCAAGUAUGUUCAUGGUUUUUAAAGGGAUGUUGUUUGGUUCGUUGGUCCGUUGGGUCGGUUUGCAAUCUCACCACAAGCGAACCGCUCAAGAGUUCGUUUGCAGUCGGUCCGAGACCACCUCGUUCAGGCGUCUCGGACCGAUUGUUUUGGUGCGGAUCCGAGAGCUAUCGCCGAACCAGGAAGAAAACGCGCCAGGUUCCGAAACAAACGCUCCAAACAAGCCAGGUGUAAAAACGCCCUUAGUUACAAAUGUUUUCACUGGGACAUGAAACAGUACAUGGCUACCGUCAGCAGGUGGCGCACUGCGACUUUUAAUAUUUACUUUGGCGUUAAAUUAAUAAAUUAUUUAUGAUUCAUCCCACCUACUCGACACGCCCCGCGUGCCACCCUAGCUUGCCCUCCCUGCAGGCUUUAUUUUGACAGCAACACGUGGCAUGUGAGUGAGGAGCGCGCGGAUGAUGCUGCAACAUCUCCCACAGCGGAAACAUCCACGCGAAAAGUUUGACAAAACUGGGCGGUGUGGGAAUUUGGUCACAUGGACUUUACAGACUAAAAACUGAUGCGCUUAAAGUGUUUCAGGCAGGUCUGUGUUUAGUAAGCACGAAACACUGUUUCAGGAGAAGAACAGCGAUUCUUCACGCUCAUAACUGAAAGCGUGUGUGAUUUUGACGUCAUCCUCACAGGUGUCAAUCAGCAGUGUGAUUGCCUCUAACCGCGCGCCAACUCUUCACUCCUGAGAGCGCUGGGUAGCAGCCUGUGGUCACAUGAUGCCGUUUACAGUAAACCUGAUUGGCCCGUCUCCCUGGGGAUUCAGAAUAUAUGGAGGGCGAGACUUCAAGAAGGCAAUAACCGUCUCCAAGGUAAAUGCUGGCAGUAAGGCAGAGAUGGCCUGUCUUCAGCCCGGAGACAUCAUCAUGGAGAUCAACGGACAGAAUACCGGUGAUAUGCUGAAUGUAGAGGCACAAAACAAAAUCAAGAGCUGCACAACACAACUGCAGCUGCUCGUGGAAAGGCCAGCUCCUCCCACUCCCGGUCAGACCAAUGGAAUUACCUCCCCAGAGCAAUUGGUUGGCCGCUUCCAGGAUGCUGUGCAGGUGAGUCGAGAUGAGAACCAGAACUACAGAGAGUACUGCAGCUCCAGCCCAGCAUCUCUGUCCCCUGGGCCAUAUUCACCAGAACCACCAUCCAGCCCAGACCGCAAAGGAGGCAGGAUCACACCCACCAACAAAAGCCUGCUGUUCCAUUCCUGGUCCUCAGAGGACAAAAACAUACAGAGUCAAAGACUGUCCAGACCCCUCUCUCAGGAGAUUUCUUCAGUGGAUUUCCGCAGUAACUCUGUGUCCAGUCGGACUCCAACUCCUCCUGGACGAUACUCACCACACAGUCCCAUCGACCGAGAGCUGUCCAUCUCCCCACGACGAAGCUCGGACUUUGCCAUGCAGAGGUUUGACAGAGACUCAGAGGUGUAUAAGAUGAUUCAGGAGAACAAGGAGUCUCGUACAGCUCCUCGCCAAUCCAACACCUUCAAGAUGCUGCAGGAGGUGCUAGAGGCUGAUGAGAAAGAGGCAGCCAUCCAGUUUCCAGGGAAUCUCUCGCCAAGCCCAUCCAAGACCACGUCCUCUUCUGGUGGGCAGAAACACCACACCUGUGAAAAAUGUGGCACCAGCAUUGUCACCCAGGCCGUGCGUAUCAUGGACGAUCGCUUCCGUCACCCAGAGUGCUACACCUGUACAGAGUGCGGACUCAACCUAAAGAUGCGUGGCCACUUCUGGGUGGAAGAUGAAAUGUUCUGCGAGAAACACGCCCGAGAAAAAUACCAGGGCUCCAACAGUGGCCUUCGUCCCGUCGUGUCCUCUCGCCAUUGAGAUGUCCAAUCAGCCACCCUCCUGACAUCGCCUCCAGCUCUUCUGAUUGGCUGGGAUCACAUCAAGAAGGAGAGGACUGUGAUGUCAUGGUUACGUUGUCCAAUGGGAGCCAAAUAAAAUGUUUGCUGUCACAGCUUUGGGACCCAGUGCGGUCGUGUCCUCUCCUUCAGUUAUUAUGACACCCCACUAUUAGAGACUUUGAUCUAUAGAAUUGCAAAGGUGAAAAGGAGUUUAUAUAAGCGCCUACAUUAGUGUGUGCUAUUUCUAAAACAGUUAGCAAAUUACAGUUUAAUCUUUACAUUGCCUUCCUCUUCCAUAUGUUGUAUUACGCAUUCAGAACAGCUUUUUUUUUUACGUAGACAUUUAAAGGAAUAGUUCAACCAAAAAUACAAAUUCGGUCAUCAUUUACUUACCAUCAUGUCAUUGCAAACCUGUAUGACUGACUUUCUUCAGUGGAGCACAUGAGAAGAUGGGACUUACAGCCUUAGCCACUUUCUUAGAGACUAACAUUCUACAUUCUAAACAUCUCCAUUUGUGUUUCAAGGAAGAAGGAAAGUCAUACGGGUUUGGAACAACAUGAAUGAUUACAAUAAAUGAUGACAAUUUUCAUUUUUGAUGAACUAUCCCUUUAUCUUUGGUUUAAAUUGGAUUAUUUUGUUGAAAUGUUAGAGCUUUUUCAUAGACAAACAAUGAGAUGCUCCAAGUAUGCAUAAGCAGUGCUAAUGCACACAGGACUGGUUUCCUUAGUGUGUUAAUGUGCGUGUGUGGAUGCGUGCACGUGUAUUGUGACUAUUAGGGUGUAAAUGCACUUGAAGGGUUUGAUGAUUACUUGGAAGUGAUUCUUAGUUUGAUUAAAAUGCCUCCCUUCAUAAUAAAGCAACUGUUGUCCACAACAAAGCCCCCAUCCACACAAAAGUGCACCUAUUUAGAAUUCUACAUAGAAUCUUUUCCAUUUGCUUAAUAUUAAACAAGGGAAAUCUAAGGAGACUUUUUUUUUUUUUUUUCUUGUGUAAAUAUGUUUAUUUUUCACCUUAAACUCUAUGUAGACCAAGCAGAGAGUUUUGCCUGCACAUGUUUGUAUUUUCAGGGUUGCAUGGUUGUUUCUUAUAUAUAAAGCUGUUUCCUUCAAAUGCAAGAGAAUGGAGUAUGAUCUUUGAAUCACAGUUCACAGAAACACAUCUCUCUCCCCUGUGGAUCAAAUACAUUGAACAGUGACUCUUCACUUUUUGUUUGUAGGGUUGGACACAAUCGCUUUACCUUUUCUGUUUCAAAUAAACAACUUUAAAUAUCAGUGCA